AUGCGGGCUCUCCUCACGCGGCCUUCUUGGCCGGUACUGUUGCUGAUCAUACUCGCCGCCGUUCCUCUGUCGACAGUUCACUGUACUGGCGUUCUCCACCUGGAGAGGGCUCUGCCUCUGAACUAUCCGGUUCCCAUUGAGCAACUCAGAGCUUGGGACCGGGCAAGGCACGCCCGCGUCUUGCAAGGCUUCGUUGGCGGCGUGGUCGACUUCUCAGUCCAAGGUUCCCCCGAUCCUUUCCUCGUCGGACUUUAUUUCACGAAAGUGAAACUUGGCUCUCCUCCUAGAGAGUUCAACGUGCAGAUUGAUACUGGCAGCGAUGUAUUAUGGGUGAACUGUGCCUCCUGUGGUAAUUGUCCACGUUCUAGUGGCUUAGGGAUUCAGCUUAGUUUUUUCGAUGCUGCGGGCUCUUCCACUAGUGGUCUGGUUCCGUGUGCAGACCCAAUUUGUGCAGCAGCUGCUCGAACCAGUUCCACACAGUGUUCGGAGAGUGGUCAGUGUGGCUACACGUUCCAGUAUGGAGAUGGGAGUGCAACUUCUGGUGUUUAUAUAACUGAUACGUUCUACUUUGACUCGAUUUUGUCGGGUUCAAUGAUUGCCAACUCGUCGGCGCUUAUCGCAUUUGGUUGUAGCACGUACCAGGGUGGUGACUUGACUAAGACGGAUAAAGCGGUUGAUGGAAUUUUUGGAUUUGGCCAAGGCGCUCUCUCCGUAAUAUCUCAAUUAUCGUCCAGAGGGAUAACACCUCGAGUUUUCUCUCAUUGCUUGAAAGGAGAGGGCAGUGGAGGUGGUAUAUUUGUUCUUGGUGAGAUUUUGGAGCCAGGGAUUAUCUAUACUUCACUUGUCCCAUCACAGGCUCAUUACAAUUUAUAUCUACAAAGCAUAGCAGUCAAUGGACAGGUGUUACCUAUUGACCCGGUAGCCUUUUCAACGACAACUAAUCGAGGGACGAUAGUUGACACUGGAACAACGUUGGCGUACCUUGUGGAGGAAGCUUAUAAUCCUUUAGUCAAUGCUGUCACUGCUGCCGCCUCACAGUCUGUUACUCCCACAAUAAGUAGGGGAAACCAGUGUUACUUAGUCACUUCCAGUGUAUCUGAUCUAUUUCCACUGGUGAGCUUUAAUUUUGCUGGUGGUGCUUCUAUGGUACUAAAACCAGAGGAGUACCUUUCUCAGCAAGGUUCCUAUCAGGAUGGUGGUGGGAUGUGGUGCAUAGGUUUCCAGAAGGGUCAAGGACUAACCAUUUUAGGAGAUCUUGUUCUCAAAGACAAGAUCUUUGUGUAUGAUCUGGUCCAUCAGCGGAUUGGAUGGGCUAACUAUGACUGCUCGUCAUCAGUAAAUGUCUCUGUAACUUCUAGCAAGGACUUCAUCAAUGCCGGACAGUUGAGUAGUGUAAGCAAUUCUUCUAGAGACCUGCUCUUGGAGCUGCUGCCUCUAGCCGUUGCAGCCCUCUUCUUGCACAUAUCACUAUUGAUUGAGUUCAAGGUUUUCUGA